AUGCAGCUGACUUUCUUAGUUAGUCGCGAUGGAACGAAUGCCCAGAGGGGACACGCACGGCGUGCGUGUGGCUCUUGUCGUCACAAAAAGAAACGGUGUUAUCACAACACCUCCCAGGAGCAAUUAGCUGAUGCUGCUUCUUCACCCGACAUCUCAAGUCUCCCAAGUAGCCAAAGUCCUGCAUCUCAUAUUUCUAGGCGCGAUCCAGCUGUCCGAAAUAGAUCUGCAUCUCCACGAGGUGAGCGAUCAAGUGCCUCCUCGCUCCAGAAUCCAGUGGAAGAACACACCGGACCCUUCAUCUCCCCUGGCGCAGGUACAGCUGCAGAUGUCGACCAGGACCAAGAAUCUCGUCGUUUUGCGUGCGACUCAAACCCUAUUGCGACCCUCAUAGAACAAAACGAGUCAAGGUUGCUGAAGGGCCGGUCGCAGAAAGGGGAUGUAGGCGCAUGGUUGAGUGCCGAGGAGAGCUCUAUUGAUCAGGGCGACACACCUAGCUCCUCUUCGCAACCAGCACUAGAGACCCAUGUUCACACGGAUUGGCUGCCUCCUAAAGACUGCCAAGAGGUCUUGAUGGAUAUAUAUUUCCGUCGGAUCCACCCACUACUGCCUCUCCUCAACGAGGACAACGUCCGGACCCAGCAUCGAGCGGGUAGUCUCCCUCCGCGGCUUUUGCAAGUGAUUUGUCUUGUUGCAGCGAAGGACCGGGCUGCGGUGCCUUUCCUAUGCCUUGGUCCCAACUCGAGCCCCCUUCCACUGGAGAGAUUCAGCAACAUCAUCUACACUGAUGCUAUGCAAAACAUCUCGAGAAGGGCUGAGAAAAAGACACUUGCGAUACAGAUCUUAGCGCUUCUGUCGCUGCACGAAUGGGGCUCCAGUGGAUCCGAGGAUUGUUCUUUGAAUUUGGCCCAGGCUAUUCACCAUGCCCACACCAUUGGGUUGCAUUUGCUGAGGCCAGACGAACACACCGAUCCAUCUGCCAAGAGUCUCUUCUGGUGCCUGUGGAGCCUAGACCGAUGGAACGCUGCUAUGAAUGGGAGGCCCCUAAUGAUACACGACGGAGAUAGGAACCAGGUGGUCGACGAUGUUGUUUCAGCGUUUCAGUCACCGUUCCGUGUCUGGCUUCGAAUUGCCGACAAGCUGGGAGAAGUGAUCCACUUCUACCGACCGAUCAUGAAAGGCAUGGAUCAGGCUGAACUCGAUCUUCCCACUUUUGAAGACCUUGUGGACCACUGUGAGGCCUGGGACAUGUCUCGACACCUGCUUGGUAUGAAAUAUUCCAUCAUUUAG